CCAUGGAAUCUAACAGGUGUCUUGCAUUUUCUGCUCCUGGGCUUCUCAGAUGAUCCAGAACUGCAGCCCAUCCUCUUUGGACUGUUCCUGUCCAUGUACCUGGUCACAAUGCUUGGGAACCUGCUCAUCAUCCUGGCUGUCAGCUCUGACUCCCACCUCCACACCCCCAUGUACUUUUUCCUCUCCCUCCUUUCCUUGGCUGACAUCGGCUUCAGCAGCUCUACAAUACCCAAGAUGCUGGUGAACAUCCAGACACAUACCAAAUCCAUCAGCUAUGCAGGUUGCCUAGCUCAGGUGUCCUGUUUCUUCCUUUUUGGAUGUUUGGACAGUUUACUGCUGGCCACAAUGGCCUAUGACCGCUUGGUGGCCAUUUGCCAGCCUUUACACUACCCAGUCACCAUGAACCCCCACCUCUGUGGCUGGAUGGCCCUAAUGUCCUUUUCUGUCAGUCUUGUGGACUCCCAGGUACACUGCUUGAUGGUAUCACAAUUGACCUUCUGCCAAGAUCUAGAAAUCCCUCAUUUCUUCUGUGAUGCUCCUCAGCUAUUCAAACUCGCCUGUUCUGAUACCUCUGCUAAUAACAUAGUCAUAUUUCUUGUUGGUACCAUCUCCGGUUUUCUUCCUAUUACAGGGAUCCUCUUCUCCUACUGUAAAAUUGUGUCCUCCAUUCUGAGGAUCCCAUCUUCAGGGGGGAAGUGCAAAGCCUUCUCCACCUGUGGGUCUCACCUGGCCGUUGUUUGCUUAUUUUAUGGAACAGGCCUUGGGGUGUACCUCAGUUCAUCUGUCUCUACUUCCUCCAGAAAGAGUGUGGUGGCCUCAGUGAUGUACACCAUGGUCACCCCCAUGCUGAAUCCCUUCAUCUACAGCCUGAGGAACAAGGACAUCAAGAGGGCCCUACAGAGAAUUGUCAGCAGAAUAACCUAA